GGUUGGUCCCCGUGUACGAGAGAAAUCUAACAAUAUUUUAAACGAAGAUGAGCUGCGAUUUAUUACCGGAAUGGCUGAACCUUUUCCUGGAUGACGUAGAGACUACGUUAUGCCUGCCGAUAUUAAUCGUGAUGGUCCUCUGUACCGUCCAGUUUAUAUUUAACCACACCAGGGACAUCGGGUGCACGCUUUAUCGAAAUAUGAAGCAGAAAUGCGAAGACGAGGAUGAAGACACCGAAAAGGAGAAGGGUGAAGAUUUAAUGAGUAAAAUCAAAGGGUUCAUAAUGAGCUUGGGUUUCGGUCAAAGUGAGGUGGAUUCGAAUGCUGAAGGCGCCUUCAGCCGACCAAUCCGGCAACAUUCUCAAGAAGACUGGGACUACUGCGACGAGGAGGACGAGUAA